AUGGAUUCAAAAUCUCGUAAAUCAAGUCGUCAAAGCUCAAAAAGCUUGAAAUCAAAGUCAUCAAGAAAUAAAAGAUCGAAAACAUCGAGAUCUUCAAAAUUAUCAACUAGAAGAUCAUCAAAGAGAUCAUCGAACUCAACUCGAAAAUCUUCCAAAUCCUCAAGAAAAUCCAAAAAAACUUGUAGUAAAUCACUCAAUAGUGAUUUAACCAAACUUCGCUCAAAGGCAAGGAAAAAUGCGAAAAAAGCUGAAAAACGUGCGAGAAACCAAGCAAGAAAAGAAGCAUUCGAAUCACAAUUUGAUAUUUUAGAAAGGUAAGACUUUGAGAUAGAUGCCUACAGUAACCCUUUUUAUUUUCAGACCAGAUGGUUUUGGUGCUCUUGUUGUUUAUGUUUAUCAAUUGUUACAUUUGAUUUACUGUGUAUCAGCCCUUUCAUAUUACUCGUUUUUCAAAAAUGAACCCACAUCUCGUGAAGACUUGCAAGCGGUUUACUGGACUGUUUGUAUUGAAGUUUGUUAUUUUUAUUUUUGUAAGAAGAACAGGCUGGAAAUUUGAGAUUUGAUGAGAAAGUUAGGCAGAAAUUAUAGCUACCGUAAGAUUCCGAUUUUCCAAAAAAAAAACCUUUUUUCGAACGCAAUUUCAGAUUAGGUUUUUUUUAAACUUCGAAGGUGAACAUUUUUGGAAUUAUCUUAUCUAAAUAUAAUUUCCAGCCAGUUUUAGUUUCCUCUCAAAAUAUAAAUUGAUAAAAUUCAGAUAAUUUCGAUGUGCAUAAUUCUUCUUACAUUAUUCUACCGUACUCCAGGAUUCCGUAGUUUUGUUCUACUCGUCCAAUACAUUUAUGCUUUCUAUUUUUGGUCGAUAUUCUUCAAAGUAAUGAUUGAUUAUGAAAUAUUCAGCACUCUAUCAAUUCCUGAGAAUCUUUUUGGACUUCAAGCAAUUUCUGUUUUGAGUGCAAUUCUUCAUAGUUUCAUUCUAUGUUUCACAAUGGAUUUUGUCGGAUGUUCAGAAUUGGAUGAUGAUUUCUCAUCGAAAUAUAUCAUUGAAACAAAAGAAAAACGAAAACAAAAAAUAUAUCUUUUGGUUGCUGAAUUUCUUAAAUCAUAUGUUGUUGGAAAUGGUGAAGAACAAGGAACACCCUCAGUUGGUGUUAUGGUGACAGAUGAAACUGGAAAUCCAGUCAAAAUCGAUGGAAGUGUUAUUAAAUCAGAUGUUAAUCGAAAAAUUAGUUUGACAUUGGCAAAAGAUUCAAUGCAAUUAUCAUCGACUAAUGUUGUCGAAUCGACUUUGGCUGUUCCAUCACAAAAGGAGGAGCCAAUUCAGAAAAUUCAAAUUAUUCAAAAGAAUGAGCCGGUUUACAAUCAUGUAGCAGAACAAAAAAAUUAUUUGAGUCCAAGAACUUUGUAA